CCCACCUAGGCCUCCGAGUGCUCCUUCCCGCCGCCUUCCCAAGGGUGCCCCUCUCCAGCCCCUGUCACACUUCCGAAACCUUCCGUGCCCCCCUUUCCUCCUCCGGCCCCCACCUCACGCCCCCUGGCUUGGGCAGCAUCCCCUUUCCGCCCUCCGCCCUCCGCCCACGCACCGCCUGACUUCGAGGGGUGCAAGCGCAUUGGGCUGCGCCCGCGUGGGGGCGCCGCGCCAGCUUCGCGUAGCCGCUCUGACGCCGCCGUCGCCGCCGCCCUCCGCAGCCCAGCCGGCACCCGCGCCAGCUCUGCAGAGCACUCGUCGCCUCUCGGGCCGGUCCCAUCGAGAGACGGCCUAUCACACCCGGAGCCAGCCUCGAACGCGUGGGCGCUAGGGUCAUGAGCCAGAGCGCCCCGGGGCGCCGCGCAAAGAGCCAGCGGAGAUAGCGGCCUUCACUGCCUUGACCCGCGCUAGCCGCGUCCCCAGAACCUUCGGUCCUUUUCUCCUGCCCCGCCGCCGCCAUGGCCACCCUGCUCCGCAGCAAGCUGACCAAUGUGGCCACAUCCGUGUCCAACAAGUCUCAGGCCAAGGUGAGCGGCAUGUUUGCCAGGAUGGGGUUUCAGGCGGCCACGGAUGAGGAGGCGGUGGGCUUCGCGCACUGUGACGACCUUGACUUUGAGCAUCGCCAGGGCCUGCAGAUGGACAUCCUGAAAUCGGAAGGCCAGCCCUGCGGAGACGAGGGCGCCGAACCGCCCGUCGAAGGAGACAUCCAUUACCAGCGCGGCGGCGCUCCUCUGCCACCGUCUGGCUCCAAGGACCAGGCCGUGGGAGCUGGUGGCGAGUUUGGGGGUCAAGACAAGCCCAAGAUCACGGCGUGGGAGGCGGGCUGGAACGUGACAAACGCCAUUCAGGGCAUGUUUGUGCUGGGCCUACCCUACGCCAUCCUCCACGGCGGCUACCUGGGGUUGUUCCUCAUCAUCUUCGCUGCAGUGGUGUGUUGCUACACCGGCAAGAUCCUCAUCGCAUGCUUAUACGAGGAGAACGAAGACGGCGAGGUGGUGCGCGUGCGGGACUCUUACGUGGCCAUAGCCAACGCAUGCUGCGCUCCUCGCUUCCCCACGCUGGGUGGCCGCGUGGUCAAUGUGGCGCAGAUCAUCGAGCUGGUGAUGACGUGCAUAUUGUACGUGGUAGUGAGCGGCAACCUCAUGUACAAUAGCUUCCCGGGGCUGCCCGUGUCGCAAAAGUCCUGGUCCAUCAUCGCCACGGCGGUGCUGCUGCCCUGCGCCUUUCUGAAGAACCUCAAGGCCGUGUCCAAAUUCAGUCUGCUGUGCACGCUGGCCCACUUCGUCAUCAACAUCCUGGUUAUUGCCUAUUGUCUCUCGCGCGCGCGUGACUGGGCCUGGGAGAAGGUGAAGUUCUACAUCGACGUCAAGAAAUUUCCCAUCUCCAUCGGCAUCAUCGUGUUCAGCUACACGUCGCAGAUCUUCCUGCCCUCGCUCGAAGGCAACAUGCAACAGCCCAGCGAAUUCCACUGCAUGAUGAACUGGACGCACAUCGCCGCCUGCGUGCUCAAGGGACUCUUCGCGCUCGUCGCCUACCUCACCUGGGCCGACGAGACCAAGGAGGUCAUCACGGAUAACCUGCCCGGCUCCAUCCGCGCCGUGGUCAACCUCUUCCUGGUGGCCAAGGCGCUGCUGUCCUAUCCGUUGCCCUUCUUCGCAGCGGUCGAAGUGCUGGAGAAGUCUCUCUUCCAGGAAGGCAGCCGCGCCUUCUUCCCCGCCUGCUACGGAGGCGACGGUCGCCUCAAGUCCUGGGGGCUGACGCUGCGCUGCGCGCUGGUGGUCUUCACGCUGCUCAUGGCCAUCUACGUGCCGCACUUCGCGCUGCUCAUGGGCCUCACCGGCAGUCUCACCGGCGCCGGCCUCUGCUUCCUGCUGCCCAGCCUCUUCCACCUGCGCCUACUCUGGCGCAAGCUGCUGUGGCACCAGGUCUUCUUCGAUGUGGCCAUCUUCGUCAUUGGCGGCAUCUGCAGCGUGUCUGGCUUCGUGCAUUCACUCGAGGGCCUCAUCGAGGCCUACCGAACCAACGCAGAGGACUAGGGGGCGGGGUCCCGGCCCCCAGCUCCCGCCCCACUCAUCCCCGCUCCCUCCCCUUCCCUCCCCACAGCCCCGAGCGCCACCGCGCUAGGGAGGCCGAGCUUUAAACACCUCUGGUUCCUAGUUGCUGAUUAUUCGGGAACGGGGUGGGGGAGGGAGGGGAUAGACAUCCAAGGUCCACUGCGUCUGCGUUUCUGUCGUCCUUUCUAUUCCACACCGCCCUGGUUUGGGGGGAGGGAGCGAAGCGUAUUUGUGGAGAAUGUUUUCUGUCCUUCCUGGAGGCUCCCCCCCCCCAACUUUGACCCCAGUCACCUAUGGGGGUGGGAAGGGAGGGGAAAAGGGCGCACGCAGCUCGCAGGCUCGGAAACUUGACCUUGGGGUGGGGUGGGGGACAUUUCACAGCCAUCCAGUGCUUGGAAUCUACAGCGUCCAGCCAUUUCCAGCAAGAGCGCUCCCCAUGCCCUAGACAUUUCAACCUUGCGGCCUGAAAGGCUGACCUGGAAAUCCAUUUCGGGCGGGCGACUUCUUUCUGGAGAAGCCGCGGCAGGAGCCCGUUUGCCUGCCGGUUUUCAGGAACCCAAACUCAUCUUGUGCAAUGUAUCCGGUUGUGGAACUGUAUACUGUGCGUGUGGUGUGCUCGUGGUGAAUAAGAUGAAAUGUAUAUCAGAAAAAAAAAUCUAUCUCUAAUUUAGAGUGCGGUGCAUAAUAAUUAUAUCCGCAAAUAAAGAAGAAUCAAAGGCGUUUCUGGCCUCCUGUUCA